AUGUCGCUGAUAUUCCUCUUUAUUUGUUUCGUCAGCUUUCUUGUAGCUAAUGCUGCGAUAGAGGAGGAUCCUGAUUGCCCCGCUGAAUGGGAGAUCCCCGAAACCAUAGUGGAGUCCAAGACAGAUCUUGGAAAACUGGAAAAUCCACCACUGUUUGAAAAAAUAGACGAAGCUAUUCCUGAAGAAGCGCUUGCUCGUCCUAUCGAAACAGCUGAUGAGAAGGUGCAGAGGUAUGUACGAAUUGAUCUUCCACCUAAACUUAAGUGCGACGAAGUAAUUCAAUGGCAUAAUCAAAAAAGCUAG